UUUGUUGGAUGGGGGGCAUGUGUUUGUGGAGGUGGGAUAUAAAUAUCUAAAGUCAGGAGGACAGUGCAUCAGUUCAGGAGGAGGAAGGAGGAUGGAAAACAUGAAAACAGCUAAAGAGUGACUGAAACCAAGAAGAGGAGAGAAGAAAACAACAGAUUUCAGAGCGUUGUCAGAAAACUGUGGCAGAAAUGACAAAAACAGCAGGAGUGCUCAUGGCUUCACUGCUGCUGCUGAGAGCCGGUCUGCCAUGUUUGUCAGUUUAUAACAACGGUGAAUGCUUCUUCAACACUAAAGCGAGCUGUGAACACCUGGGGCAGGUGUUCAGGACUGGAGAGAGCUGGAUGACCAACGACUGCUACCAGUGUGUUUGCAUGGAGCCUUUUGGAGUCGGAUGCUGUGACCUCGGCUCGAAGCCGGUGGAUUAUCCAGACUGGUGUGAGAUCAUUCGCAGACCGGACUCCUGCACCAGUGUUGCAGUGAUGAGAGUCAACCACAAACUGCCCUGCCUGUGGGGACAGGGUCGCCUCAGAACAGCAGCACAGCCCUGGAUGUCUGACAACGAUCCUUUAUUUUAACUUUAAACUUUGAGAAAAACCCAACAACAGAUCAAAUGUGAAGUCUGUGUUGGACAAAUAAAAACCUGCUCUUUUUAUGUUGUUAUGAAAGUUGUGGAAAGAAAAGAUGCACACAGGUGCACUCCUCCACAUAUAAAGUAUUAUUUUAUGUUGUGAGUUAUGUUUCAGUUGUUUAUAUAUUUAAAUUAUACUGGUAACUAACAAGAUUCUGGUCUCUCUAAAAUUGUCAAAUGUGUUACUUGAAAUGAAAGCAACUAAUAAAAACUUAUCAUGUGGA